ACUUGACAUUUGUUUCUGUCGACCGACGUACUUGUCGAUUCUCUUUACCAUUGGCCACCAUAAGAAGAGUAGAGCGUCUUUCCAAUGGACAAAUUAAUGGAUUUGGGUCUGGAGUCUUUGCUCUCUCUCUAGUCGUCUGGCAUGAUGAGAUGAAAUUCAUUGUACAACUCAAUGGACUAAGACCAAGUUGUGAAACAUUCUGCGGAAUUCUUAGAACUCAAUUAAAACUAGCGAUUCCAGAGAUGAAAAACUUAAAAUCAUUUGUAUCAACAUUUUAUACUGAACAUUUAUUAUCUUCAAAUUCAGAAGAAGAUGGUAAAUUUUCUACUGGUGAUGGAAUUGGAAAUGGUUAUCAUGCAGGAUUAGGUGCUAUUUAUAAGUAUCCUGGUGAUGCACGAAAAUUGAGGGAAAAGAGUAAAGUUAAACUCUGGAAAGAGUACCUCACGCAAAAUGGUCGAAAUUUGACUCUCAUCAAAUUGCCAACCUUUAUUCGUUUGUUCCAAGUUGGAUUACCCAACAAACUUCGUGGCGAAAUGUGGGAAGUAGCCACCGGAUCAAUAUACCUAAGAAUGAAACAAUGUGGCGAAUAUGAACGAAUAUUGAAUGAUAUUCAGUUAAACAAAAAGAGCAAGCUUAACUUUAGCUUAGAUGAAAUUGAGAAAGACCUUAAUCGAAGUCUUCCUGAAUAUCCUGCUUAUCAAAAUGAAAAAGGUAUUGACACUUUAAGAAAUGUUUUAUCAGCUUAUGCGUGGAAGAAUCCAAGACUUGGAUACUGUCAAGCCAUGAAUAUCGUGGUAGCAGCUUUGUUGAUCUACACAAGCGAAGAACAAUGCUUCUACUUGCUCUCAAUCUUAUGUGAUCAAAUCCUACCCUCCUAUUACACACCAACUAUGGCAGGCACUAUACUCGAUCAAAAAGUAUUCGAACAUCUAGCUGAAAAGACUUUACCGAUGCUUUCGCAGUACUUCAAAUCCAAAGAAAUCCAAUUAAGUCUGGCUAGUCUGCCAUGGUUUUUAUCAUUGUAUCUUGCUUCCAUGCCAUUGGUAUUUGCAUUCAGGAUAGUGGACUGCGUAUUGUUAUUUGGUCCUAGGGUGUUGUUUCAAAUCGGCACGAUCCGAGCCUACUUCGCCUCAUUAGGUGACUCGGCAUAUCCUUCUUCCCCGGUGAACUCAAAAGAACACGCAAUUACCCACUUUCAGAUCUUACUUGUAACAGCCUUUCGUGAAUUUGGUAACAUCAUCACAGAUGACUCUAUUCAAGCAAUCCGUAAGAAAUAUCGCAAUGAAGUAGUACAUUCGAUUGAGAAUUUCUCCAAGCGCACUAGUCUACGUAAUUUGAAGGACGGGGGACGACUGUCGACUGAAGAGUUGGGAAAGAUAUACGAUCAUUAUCAAUUGGCAAUUUACAAGUGUCAAGCCAAACUUUCUACAGGAAAUGAUGCUAAUCCCAAUGGGGUAGGAGCUGGCGAUGGUCUUGCUAGCUUUUGGGAAAACGAUGAAAUUGACGGCAAGCUUGAACAGAGGAUCACCCGAGCCACGUUUGGUAUUUUUUUGGCUGAUGUAGCGAGUUGGGCUCGAGAUGAGACCCUAGUCAAAUCGGUGGGAUUUUUGGAAAGAGUUGAAAGAGUCGCAGUUGACCACGAGUUGAUUGAUAGGUUGUUUUUUGAUUGGGACAAAUCACGAAAAGGUUCUUUGUCGUUACAAGACGUCGUACACGGUAUGGAUCAACACUUGAACAAUGAUCUCAUGGCGAAUAUUCAAGUAUUUUUUGCUCUUCAUGAUAAUGACAAGGAUGGAUCUUUGAGUAAAGAUGAGGUUCUACAGCUCUCUGAGUCUCUUUUGUUCAUUUUUAGAAAUGAGCCUGGUGAUCAAUAUCUCGCUGCUGUGUCAAAGUUGAUGCAAAAUGCAUUUGAGUACGCUGAUGCCCUUCAAGCAGACGGAAAGGGAAGUUAUCAGGUCGACGAGAAAGCCGCCGAGAAAGAAAAACCAGCUACAGAAGUUGAGCUGAACGAAAAGACUUCCGCUCCGACCACAACUGAGGAUGCGAAUGACCAAUCAAAGAUCUCUAAUCCACAUCGACCCUAUUUAAGCUUGGCUACAUUUCGAAUGUGUGUAUUGGCAGACGAAUUACUAGAAUCAUUUUUCGAAACCGAUUUCACCAAUUCCUGGAAACUUACCUCCGACUUGGCCGUCACACCGACCUCAUCUACUUUGAUUAAGAAUUCCAAUAUACUUACCGAUCUAGUACCAGAAUCUAUCAAUCAAAAAGCCGAUGAAUUCUUCAGUGGUCUCAAAAAUCGAUUCUUAACUGAAGACAAUAAACAUAUGUUUUAUAAAUUUGCUGAUGAGGUUGGAAAGAAGCUUGAUAUUCCUAAAGUGGAUCAAAAGUUACCAUCGAUUGGAAAAUUGGACAACGCGAGUCUCAUGACACCUAUCAGAGAUCGUGAGAGUAUCUUACCAACAAAUAUGAUUUCGAACUUUUUUGGAGGUGGAAAGACUGGACAACCAUCGACCAGUUCACCUUCCUCACCUGCUAUUCGUACUAAGGAUUUAGGAAGUACUGGGGAUCAUGAUAGUCACGUACCACCUUCACCUUUAUCACAUGCAGCUAUGAGAUCACCACCAGUGGAAUUACGAACUCAACAACCUCAAGCAGAUCAUCAAGAAAGUAAUUCGAGUAGUGGUAUACAUGAAGAGAAUCGUAUGAAAAGACAAUCUGUCCUACCACCACCACCACCUUUAAUCCAAAGAGCACAAUCUAUGUUAGUAGAUAGACCACAAUUUGAAAUAGAUAAUCCAGUAGAAGAAGAAGAAAUUGAAGAUGAUGAAUUGAUUCCAGAAAGUUCAGAAUUAAGUGAAAUCAACAGUACUAAUAAAAAUAGUCAAAAUGAAAAGAAAUCAAACAAAGAAGUUCAAGAUGAAGAAGAAGAUUUGAUGGCUGAAGUGGAUCAGUUUUUGGCUAAUGGUGAUGAAGAAGUAGAUCUCAAUAAUCUUAAUGAUGAUGAUGAUGGAUUGAAUGAUGAUGAUCGUGAACUUGAAGAAGCUCAAAAAUUGAUUUCUUAA